GAAUUAAAGCGCAAGAAGAGGAAGAGUGGUGAAAUAUAGGAAGGGGCACGAGGGACAUGGCUCGAUCGUGGUGCAUUGUGAGAGAGUGCAAUUGAGACGAACAAUAAGCAGCGAAACGUUAGUCGAGUUUAAUAAGCAAGCUUUUCGUCCCAAGGCGGAAUUCGUCUGCAUUCGUCUCUUGGCCGUUUGCUGGGAUUAUCCUGCGCCAUGACGGUGCACAGGCGUCUUACGCUGACGAUAUCGGUCUGUUUGAUCCUAUCGAUGAAAUUUGGCACGGCACGAGGGGAAAGAUGGUCGCGACAGAUCUCGAAUAGCGAAUGGAUACCAUUGGCGAAUCCUAGGGCGGUGCAAACUCAAGUCGAGCAAAACGGGCCGUCCGCUGCACGUUUGGCGAGCGGAACCGCGCACUUGCCUCAGCUUCCGCAACUCUCUCUACCGCCAGCUCUUCAACAACAGUACCAAGAACAAUUGUUGCAACUGCAGAAGACUCAGGAAAAUAUACAAAAGCUGUUGCUACUUCAACAACAGCUUAGAGCUCAACAGCAACUUCUUCAGUCUCAAACGUUCGUACCAAGCGGGUUCAGCAAUGCGGACGAGGACAAGCAUCAAGUCAGAUUGGGAGACUCGCAGGAUCUUGCUCCCGAAGAUCUGGUGCCACCUCUUCCCUUAACCGAAUCGUUGCCGUCGGUUUUUCCGCCGCAAAACUUUCUCCCCCAACGACCCAACCCAGCCACGAAACAGGACACGAGUCUAGCUGAGGAAUUGGCUAAUUUGCCCGGGCAGGAUUUCAAGAACGAUCAGUUGUUGCAACAAAGGCCCAACCUAGGAAAUGUUGGACAAAUCGAGGAGAACCAAAGGCAAGGCGCGAAACAGAUAAAGGAAUCAAGCCAAGUCGGCUUGGUGUCUCAAAGCGAGGGGGGCCAAGACGAGGACGAAGAGGUGCAAUUAGUUUACGUGCCGGCGGAAACUUUGGCGCAACGAGGCCAGGCCAAGAGGGGGCGUGGAAGGAAGCAGUAUCAUCCACUGCGUCAGCAGCCCCAACAGCAGAGCCAAGGGGUGGACGCGAUAGGACACGAGCAGAACGCGUUUGCCCGUCAAAUAUUGCAACAGAUCCAGAUGGAGCGGGAGGAGAAGGCCCAAUUUUUGAAAGAGGAACGGAUGAAGGAGAUCGCGAGAUUGAACGAGGAGCAAAGGGCGUUGGAGCGAAAGGCGCGCCUUCAACAGGAGGCGCUGCAAAGGGAGCAAGAGUUGCAGAGGCAACGGGAGGCGGAGAAGAAGAAGAAAGAGUUGGAGAGGCUGGAAGAGUUGGCGAAGCAACGGGAGCUGGAGAGGAUCCGGGAGGCGAGGGAGAAGCAGCUGGAAGAGCUGGAGAGAAGGAGAUUGGCGGAGGUGCGGGCGAAAGAAGAGAAAAGGCGGGCCGAGGAAGCGAGCAGGCAGAGGGAAGCGGAAAGAUUGGCCGCUUUGGAGAGGCAGAAGGAGCUGGAGAACGUGGAACAGCCUGAGAAUCAAGCUCAGGCUCUUCCUUUAAUCCGAAACCAAAGCCAGCAUCGUCAACAAUUGUCGGGAACGCCUAAACAGGGAAAAAGUAAGCUCAGGGGGAGGCAAAGGCAGAGGCCUAAUAAUUUCCAGGAUCAGCAGAGUUACAGAGAAGCUAGCACAACUCCAUCCCCUAAUCAACCCCCUCUCUCGGUAUACAUGGGAAGUCCCAGCUCGAAGACAGCCAACGUGAAAGUUUCCGACGUGUUGAGGAUAUUGAAGGACGCGAAGACGAUAGCUGUUCUGGACACGGUUGGCCCGGAUACGCCUCAAGUAUUCGUGGGCCCAACCAGUUUAGACCCCCCACCGGGUUACGCCAAGUUCGAUCUUCCCUACCUGUCCUCCAUCGAUCACAAUCGCGUGGAGAGAAGGGUCGACAAGUUGCCUUUCUUCGUCGCGCCGCUCAGCUUCGAGCCCCCUGCAGGAUAUUCCAAAAUCCCUUUCCCCGCGCCACAUAUAGGAUCGGUGGUGGUGAACACGUUGGACAAUUCCUUGGAUCCCACCACGAAAGGUAGCGACGAUCCCAACCCAAGCCCGACCCCUCUUAUAGAGCCCAAUUCCUAUUUGGACGGUUUGGACCCCGUCUCCGACUCCACCACUCCCUCGUACGAGCCUCAGACCACUCAGAUAACUUAUCCUGAACCGUCCAACACUCCCAAAUACGAGCAGACGUAUUCGACGCCAUCCGCCGGAUAUUCGUCCGGGUCCAGAUUCAGGUUCAGGCAAUUUUACGGUGACGGUAAACCUGCUUCCGUGAUCGGCACUUCUUACUACGACGAGCAGAAAACCGCGACGAGGAAGGACAAGUAUUACGUCGACGAAGGUUCGAGAACUACGGAGAUCCCCGCGCAAAACGUUGGCAACGUUGAUGCGUCGGUGAGUCGCGCGGAAGAAGUUUCGUAUUCCACGACGCCCGCUUUCAAAGAGGGAACAAUGAUCGGUCACCAAGACCCGUCGGAUCAAUUGGCGUUAAUUAACGAACGAUUGGCCCAGCAGAGGGAGAAAUACAACAGUGGUGGUGGACAGUACAAGGUCUCUGGCGGGCAGGCAGGUAAUUUCGACGGUGAAAUCGGUGGUAGCGGUGGCGUUAACGACGUUAGAGAUUCCGUUGGGCCAACGCAGUAUAGCUUGCCAGCCGAGCUGCCCGCGAUCUCCCCGCACCUCCCUGGUCUGGUCAAUUCUUUGCUGGAUAAGAACGAGGCGAAACUUCACACCACGACCACUACUACCAGCACGACGACAACCACCACCACUACGACUCAACGUAUUCCCACGACCACUUACAGGCCUCGAAGUAGACAGAGAAGCAGAUUAGUUUCCACGAGGCCAAGAACGACGACCGAAACGACUCCAUCGAGCAGAACGAGCGUAGAUAGAAAUCGAAGACCGUACAACAACAGAUCCAGAUCUAGAUUCACGACCACCACCGAGGAGUAUCACGAAUCCGCUUACGAGCCAACUAGAUCCAAAAUUUCAGAGACUACGAUGAGAUAUAACGGGGAGCAUAGGAGGCCGACCAGUAGAACGCACAAAUACAGGAAUCGAGAUAAGAUUAGCCAGCAAUCCGAGGUUCAGAACAAACAGACGCAGCAAUCGUACGACACCAUAUCCCACAGCGACUCGAAUCCCCCGACAUCGAAUGCUUUCCUCCAGCAGACGGGACCAGACUCGAGUAAUCUUCGUCACUUCGAUUCCUCGUCGAAUCUGAACGACUACACCCCGGAGAAUUAUCCGUCCACCACCGUCAGCACCACCGAGAAUUAUCCAUCUUUCCACGACGUCACGGUGAAUCACGGUUCCGCUCUAAUCUCGGAAGAUUAUUCAAGAAGUCAAAGUUAUCCUCAAACGAUUCAAGAAGAUUACCGAUCUACCGUGGAACAACAGGUUGGCAUCGAGAAGAGUCCAGUGAAUGGAUUUAAUUAUCAAGCUCAAAGCGGAGAGCCGUUGGAUCAAAGAUUGCUUCAGAGAACGAAGGAUUAUCAGUUGGAUGGGAGGGUGGAGAACGGCGACUACGAGGUGUCCACCACCGUUGAUCCAAUAAAAUUGAGAGCAUCGGAAGAGGAACAACGUUACCCGUCUGUCUACGAGGUGAACGUACCGCAGACGCAGCCAGAAUACAGUUUAACUGGACAAGAUAAUCUGCAUCACGCGGAUUCGAACGAGAAGAUUCAAACCGGUGUUGUCGAUAAUAGUCCUAACGAGCAGCCGAUAUUUAUCCCGUUGCCGGAGAAUAAGCAAGAGGAUUACGAGUUGUCGCUCUCCUCCACGGAACUUCCAUUGCUAGACAUAACAACCGACACACCGACGACGAGCACGACUCCUGUGAUAAUUCGACAACGAGUACGAGGACGUAUAGGGACUCGUUUGCACGAGCCUUCGGUUCAGACUCGGAACAGAGGUUCGCAGGACGAGUAUGUCCGUUUCAACGUGGUAAACGAUUCCUCUCGAACGAUAUCGAGCAGGCAGAGGAGCAGAUCGAGAUCUCGUACACCGAGUCACGGAUCACAGGUUCAGACCGAUGGUAACGAGUACAUUAAGAUCCACGCGUUGCAACAGCAAAGGCUAGUCGCCACAACAACACCACCGCCAUCUACCACGACCACUAUGGUCAGCUCAACGGAAGAGGACAUCGAUUACGGAUUUAUAAGACCACCGAAUUUCCGACCUGUACAUCCAGUGGACAAUAAAUUCCAGCAACCGAUCACGUAUCGACCUCAUUUUUCAGAGGUGCCUCAGCAAUCAUUGCUACCAAACGAGGACGAAACCGCAUUGGAAUCGAGUCCCCCGCAAUCACAGCUGUUGAAAAAUCGUCAAAAGUAUCAACCAAUUCCCAAUCGUCGUCCAUCGACAAAAGCGACAACCGUGCCGCCAUCUACAACGACUAUGGAAACCGUCACUACUACCGAAAAAAUACCUGUUGCCACGGUGCUUCCUGACGACAUGAUAUACACGGUGAAAUCGAAGUCUCGGCCGGACGAAGCGAAAGAGAUCAGAGUGAGAGGUAGAAUCCGUCGACCCGGUAGAAAACGCGUAACCACCACGAGCACAACCGAAUCCGUGUUGGAGGCGCAUAACGAGCUGCCAUUGGACGAAAAUUAUCCGCCGAUACGACCACAAGCCGUAACCACAGAGCACCAACAGACGGUGUACAACGAUAAUUACAAUAACAACGGAGGAUUCUCCGAUGAUGCGCGUAAUCCAACUGGACAACAAUUCUACGAGACGUCCAGCGAGAACUAUCCGCCAGAAUUCAUGCUGAACUUCGGCAACUACCCGUCCCAACCGGUUCAACGUGGUGACGAAUACGAUGAGACGCAGUUAGCCGGCGACGCGGCAACGAAAUACGGCCAAGCUUCAAGGAGCUCGUCGACGAUCGACAAUCAUCGGACAACGGCGGACAUCUACGGCGCGGAGAGCCAGUGGUCCACGAAACUGACGAGGACCUCGUUCCAGCCGAGUUUCUCGGUGAAUCAGGUGACGAGUUCGAAGGGGAGCGAAACGUGGCCCCACGACCCCACGUCGAAAAACGCCGAUCUACCGGAGAUAAUCACGGCUCCGCCGGAAGUGUCGUCCGUCACGCUGGUCGUCUCCUCGGACGACAAGAGGACGAAGAAAAAGGAGGAGGAGGAGGAGGAGGAGGACGAGUCGACGUUGAUGGGGACCAUGAUAUUCGGUAUGAAAACGCAGGAGCACACGGAGAGGAACACGAACGGAAGCGAGGUUGACGGCAAAGAGUCGUCUCGGCCGAUGGGCGACGAGGUGGAGAGCUCUACGAAGCAAUUGAUGAUGGAUUUGGAGAAGAUUGGAAGGAAGGGUGACAAUUCCACAGGCGUGAAGAAGAUUUCACGAAGGAGAAAAGUGCGCGUUCGAGUGAGGCCGGCCGCCGACGAUUUUGUCACAGCCGAGUCCCAACACUUCAACUCGGCUUUGAACGGCUUGUUUCGAGAUCAGUACAAGUACAACCCUGUCCGUCAAUCGAAACCUUCCGUGUCUUCCUUCGCCUCGCCGGAGAAAUCGAUCGCACAAGAUCUCAUAACCGACAUUCUGAAGAACGACGACGAGGUUUCGACCGAGUGGACCACGGCCAUCACCACCACCCCUCCCUCGAUCGAAACGACAGAGAUUCAGAUCACCACGAUUCCAACCGCUUCCAAAACCGAGGAGACAACGAUCGCGGAAACUACUUUCGAUGAUUUAUUCGUAAAAUUGACGAAAAAGGAUACGGCGAAGAUAAUGGAGGAGAAGAAGGAGAGGAGGAAGGAGAACGUCGAGGGAGAAAUGGAAGAAGAUACGUGGGAAUCGUCGAAGAAAUGGAAGAGCAACGUUGAAAACACUGUUAAUUUCGGUAAUUACAUCGCUGGUAAAUAUAAAAGCAAAGACGAGGAUGCGAACGAUAUCGAAUUGUCUCGAAGGGUUGAGAAAUUGAGCGUUGAUGAAAAAGAGGCGAAAAGAAAGAACGAUAUAAUAGAAUCCGUGAAUGAGACCGACGGGGAGGAGGAAGGCCGGACACGAGAGUCGUUGAGGCUGCAAAACGAGAAUUUCAAUCAUCACCCCAAGAACCAUAGAGUUAAAUGGAGCGAGGUAAGGUAUCCGUCCGCCUUCGAGCGGUCGAAACCUUCCAACUGGAAAGCUUACGAUUCUGGGAAGAUAAGUGGAAAAUCCGGAACAACGUCCAUCCCAGGAUUGGUGACGAAGAACGAGGGGGACACAAGCGUGAAGACGCUGUCCGACUACGUCCAAGCGAUCUUCGAUACGAUGAAGAGCGCCGAAGAGGAGACGAACACGAACAUGGAGAAUCUGGACAUGGAAAUCACCACCACCGCCCUUCCUCCUUCCAACACCUUGCACCUCCCGGACCGGUCGAGCGAAGAGAAGUCAACGAAGAUGAGGGACGACGACGAGACGAUGACUACUCGAAUGAUCCUCGAGGAUGGAAACGAGGCGACCGAGUCCACUGCGAGCACCACCGAUGUGGAGGAGCACGCAACCACGAUCUUGGGACGAAUCGACGCGAACGCAACCACGUCGGCCUUCGAGGAUAAUUCGGCCCCCUCGACUCCUUUGCCCGCGACUUCGAGCAACGCCACUUUGUCGAGCAAUUCGACGGAAUCGAUAUUGGGCAAGGUUCUACGUACCUCGACGACCACCAAGGUCUCCCAUAUGACGGAGAUUUGUUACAGGGGCCGAUGCGUGAUGACAAGGCCAACUCGAGACGAUCGAUUCAGAUGAAGGGAACGAAGAUGGUUCUUUUCUUUGAUAAAGAUUUUCCAUAAAAUACGUGUCGUCGUUCUCUUCGAUCUGAACCAAUUAUUUGUGUAUAUAGAAAUUGUAGAGUGGGCCUCGUUCAUCCGUGACUUUUAUUUAUUUUGUUAGAAGAUAUUUUUCUUUUCUAAUUCUUCUCUGAAAGAGGGAAAUUUUUAAGACGUUGUUUUCAAACGAGAAUUUUGAAGUUUAAGCAAUGGAGAGAUAUUUAUUCCAUCGAUCCGUGUGAAUUACAUUAACGAAUUAAUAGUGUUCGAGUGGUAAGAAAAAGUAGUAGUAGCGUACUUAACGUUGAUAAGAACGAUCAAUCAUGAUCGACGAAUUAAUCGUGAUGCUUGUUGUUACGAAAAGGGCGCCAAAGGAUUUUCUCACUCCUUUGGCUCGGUUCGAACGAACAGAACCAGAGGCCUACUUUUAGCGUUUCGAUCACUUUAAAACGGAGGAAAAAGAAAAAAAAGAACAGAGAAAUGAUAGAAAUGAAAUGUGCAUUUAACUUAAUUCUUCUGCCAGCCGUUGGUAUACGUGUAAGUUAAGCGUUUAAGUAUUUUAAUAAAACACACGAUAAAAGUAAAAA